CAUCAGUCACCGGGUAGCUAUAGCUAAACACCAUAUUAUAAGUGAUCUAUCAGGAAAAUCUUAGGCAUCUUGUCGAAUAGGUUCAAGUCCUCAGUUGAUCUAUCAGAGUGCUAGCCAUGGUGCUUAAAAAACUAUAUGCAGUCGCCCUAGUCGUCGCGAUCACGCGCGUCGCGACCGCAAACAAAGAGGCUAAACGGAGAGGCCAUUUGCUACGUGGUACAAACGAGAAAGCUGCAAGGAAAAGGAAAAGGUCAGCGUCAUCUGCUUCUUCAUCUUCGUCCUUAGAAGUCCAGAUUUCUAGUGCAGCUGGUAACCAAGAAGAUCAGGACUCCGGGAACUACAACGUCCGCAUUUUACCACCUACGCCGUUGGAUGGAGCUACGAGCGCUGCGUUAGCGCGUGGUAAGGAGAUAGAAGAACGACAGGCAGAGGAGGAACAACUGCAGCAGCAGGUCCAGGAUGAUUCUUCGCCACGACAGAGCUCCGAAGAUACGGCGAAAGAGCCGGCAGUUGUAGAUGAGACGAAAGGUAACGCAGGUGAUGGCGCUCCUGAAGACCAUCAUACCAGGAUCACUGACAGUGCAGAAGAUGAAGAUGAGCAAGGCGAGGACCACAGUGAUGGCGCUGCAGUAGAGGGGCAAGAGGAAAGACUUGAGGUAGACAUCACGCAAAAAGUACAUGAUCAAUCUUCGAAAAAGAACCUGGUGGCUGAACUUGCUAAAAUAGGAGAAGAACAGCUGAGUGAAGAGCAGACGAAGAAACCUGUCGUAGAACCGUCACGAAAGCAGGAGGAACAAACCGAAGAGGAGCAAGACUCCUCCUCUUUCGUGUCUUCGUCGUUUUUAUGGCAAAAUGUGUAUACUUGUAUCGAUGAAAGACUUACAAGGUAUAGACUCUUUUUGUUCCGGUUAGUUUUUAUUGUUUCUCAACAGCAAGCAUUUGCCAUUCGAGGUGGUACAUGCUGCACUUCAAAAAUCGUUUCCUCCAAUCGCCGGCGCCGCAUCCGACCUCACGAAAUUAAUGCGAGAACCCCACGUGAGUCCCGGGUCAAUUCCUGGCACCAUAAUAAUCACCAAUCUGCCAGGACGCUUCACGGAACAGGCUAAAAGAUUAGUUCAGCAAAAACUGUGUCCGAUUGUGAUAGCAGAAGGCGAGAAUGAGUCGCAUUUAUGGCAAAGUUCGGCAAUUUUUCAUCCAGCUAGAUCAUCGAGUAGAUACUGUAAGCGAGCCGCGGAGUUUGCAGGUCCUCAUGGCUUGUGACAAAAAAGAGCUGCAGCUGGCGCCAACCAGAGAAGAUGAAGUAACUUUUUCCACCUCUUCAUGAUUCGUUGAGAAAGCAUACGAAGCGUAUACGGCAAUCAAAAAGACAUUUGUGGAUUUAGUUGUCCAGGCUGAUUCGGAUCCUAGCGAAGCUCCUGCUACAGAAACAGAAGGAGGAGAAGCAAGCACAACACCAGAAGGAGCUACUCAGCAGAUGAAAGAUGGCACGAGCAAAGAGGUCCUCAAAGAGGGCACUAGUUCUCAAAGUUCAGAUCCAACGUCAGCUUCUUCUGCUACAACUGGGUCAGCUGUGGUGGAUCCUUCACUCACGACUAGUCCACCUAGUACCACCACCACUAACGCAGAUCCAGCAGAAUGUCGCGUCGAUGAACUGCUCGAGGACGAGAGGGAGGACUUGAGUAAACUAGUUUUGAAAAUCGUCUACGGCAAGAGUAGUGAUAGGAUGUGGACGCAAGGCGAAUUAGAUGAUUUGCAGGACGUUCUGGCCGAUGAGCUGAGUGGAGGCGCCGCGUCGAAACGUGCAGGCGAAGGAGGCAGCGGAGAAGGUGGAGGGAUGAGUUUACGACGAAGGAAUUUUGAGUGACUCAGACACAACUCUACACUUUUUACCCGUUUACUCCUAACUGCAAGACUAGCGGGUUAGUCUUACAAUUACAGGAGUACUAGUAAUCGACUUCAAGACUGGCACAACUUUCGCGAAUAAGAAUGAGAAAUGUAAACUUAAGCUUGUUAAGCUUUCAUAUCUCGGCAUCUUCCACGGUCUCCGCCCCGGCGAUUGCGUUCUCACAGGGAGCAAUCAUUUGUACCAAGUUCUCACCAGACCGCCUCCUGGAAGCAACUUCGUCCCAGUACGAUGCUACGGACUCCACAACGCUGACUCCAAUGGCGUAGGCUUUUGCCACGACGACCAGUAUGAAGCGAGAAUCUGUUAUCGUUAUCAAGUUUCUUAAGUAGAAAAGUACGAUAAUGAUAACAGACUUUCUUUUCAUAACCAGCCAAAAGCCGAUAGGCUGAAUCCUCAUAAGCCACUGAGCUACCAGUUCCCACUGCAUAGGAGAUGGAGACAAUUCAGCUAUCCCUCACAGCAUACGAACAGGAGGGGUUUUCAUCCUAAUGCAGGAGCUGGGUAUCCUCCAUCUUCUGGCGGUGCUGCUGUGAAUCCUUCUGGCAGGAGUACCAGAGCGGGAAGCUUAGCAGAAAUUCCGUCUUUGCUAGAGCUGUCGGAGGCGUCGAAUUUGGUGGACGAAGAGGAAGCAUCUUUUCCAUCUUCAACUAUGAUGGGGCUAAAGAGAACAUCCGCCGCACACGAACCCCACCAGAUGUCAUCCUCCUCUCCUCUCGCAGGCAAUCAGCACGACCACCGUCGCACCUUAGAGCACGCCCUUCUCCAUCCACCAAUCACCGCAAUGUGGAAUGCCUUUCGUCCGAUACUGAUUCCUCGACAGAGAAUCGCAAAGCGCGUCCGGUCCUGUCGUCGAGCUCUGGACAAGCAGAAGAAAAAGCAAAAGGGGACUUCGGUGAGUCCGACUCUCUUGGGAAAUGGCGUGGGAACUUUCUCUACCGCCCCAGUCUCGGAUCGAAAGAUGGGCAACCAAGGUGGAACAAAUGGCGGAGCGCAACUAAAUGGAACGCAUGCGGGUGGAGGGGCCUCGCUUUUGUUACGGCUGUGAAUGGAAUUAAGUAUCUGUGACUGUAUUUCGGUAAUCUUCAAUUUUGGCACAAAUACUAUAGACAGUAUACAAGUGGGCACUUAUAUUGCUAUAGACAGAAAUAUACUAGGUACUACGCGCUCCACAUCCAAGCUUAGCGAGCAUUCUCCUCUCUAACCUUCGAGGAUGAGUAUGCGCUAGAGCGUGUCUCGGAUGGUGGAGCCUUGUGGCAGGUCCUGGAGAGCGGUAAGAAUUUCUUUUGGUAUCUCCAAGACGCGUAUGCGAAUGCAUUGAAAUGAAGAGAAGCGGAGUCUCAGGCUCGACGUGCUUCCCCAAUUUUGACUAUGGAGAAAGCGCAAGACUUCGAAACAAAUUUUGUCAACGAUUUGCACAGCUUGAAAAGUUAACGACUCCACGUCAACGUGUAUAGUGUUUAAAAGUAGCGACUCUGACUGAGAUUUUUGUGCGGAGAGGAGCGGGCGCAGUCGUC